UUAGAUUCAGUUAACCGACAUUUGUGUGUGUAUUUGGCAUUUUCUAAUCUUUGCAGGUAUGCAAAAUAGUGAUGAGAUAUGAUUGAUAAUUGAAGAUUUUCCACUCAUCGCAUAUCUAUUUUUCUUACCUGACCUACAGGGAAGCAUAGUUAAAAAUGGAACUCGAGGAGAGUAAAAGUAGUUCCAAUGACGACAUGAAUGGAUCUCGAUCUCGUUCACAAACAUCCAGAUCUCCGUCACGGUCUCGCUCCCCUUCAGCCGCUAAAUCCAGAUCCGGUUCGCCACAGUCUGAAGUGUCUCAUGGAUCUGUUGACCCAGUUAUAAGAAAUAGAUCUCGCUCAAACUCUGGUAGUCGAAAAAGUUCACCAGAAAGGUCAAAUCAAGGUUCGCCAACACAUUCGCGAUCAGCAUCGCCUAUUCCAGUUGGUAAUUCAAGAGAGCAUCGUACCCGCUCUAAAUCACGUACACCAUCAUUUCGAGAUGGUUCAUUAUCGCCAGGUUCUCGAAAAGCAGAUGUUCAGGAUGAAAUUCGAUCCAGAUCACCGUCUACAUCCAAAAAGAGUGCAUCUCGUUCAAGGUCCAGGAGCAUGUCAUUAGAAACAUCAGUAGCUGAUACGAAAGAUUCACAAUCUAAGUCAAAGAAAAAUUUACAAUCACCAACUGCUUCAGGGAAAAGCUCCAGAUCGUCUUCUAGCUCAAGGAAAAGUUCAAAAUCACCAGUGGUGACAAGAAGAUCACGGUCCAAAUCAAAAUCUGGUUCCCCGAAGAUUUUGUCUCCCAGAACAACGUCUAGGUCUCGUUCCAAGUCUCGUUCUAGCAAAGAUGGUAGAAGUAGAUCGAGGUCUAGAUCGAAAUCAAGAGAUGAGAAAGGAGUCUCAAGAUCACGAUCACGGUCUAGAUCAAGGUCCAGAUCGCGGCAAUCUGCUUCUCCCACAUCAGGUUCAAGAAAACGUUCACGGUCAAAGUCUACGUCACCUUCUAAGGAUAAAAAAUCUACUUCUCGAUCAAGAUCCAGGUCUAUGUCUGGAUCUAAAAAAACUUCACUCUCCCCUGUUAGAUCCAGGGAAGGAUCUCCAGCCAGCCCUGCAGAACAAAGGCUGUCGAGAUCAAGAUCUCCAUCAGAAAAUGUGAAGGCUAAACGAGACUCUAGAUCCAGAUCUGCGUCUGGCUCCAGAAGAGCUUCUUGUUCACCAUCUGGAUCCAGAAAAGGGUCCCGUUCCAGAUCGCGGUCGAGGUCUGGAUCGAGGACAUCACGAUCCAGGUCAAGGUCUAGGUCGAACAGUCCGAAGUCUACGACAUCGCUGUCCCGUUCCCAGAGAGAUUCUCGAUCAAGGACAAGAAAUGGGCGAACAAGAUCUCGCUCAGGAUCUAAAGCUGCCUCUAAAUCUAGAUCUCGAUCUCGAUCUCGAUCAGCAUCAAAUAAAUCAAGGUCAAGAUCACAGUCAAGAUCUAAAAAAUCCAGAUCAAGAUCACGGUCCGGUUCUAGAAAAUCAAGAUCGCGAUCGCGAUCACGGUCUGUACAAUCCAAAGCAAGGUCGAGGUCACGGUCAAGGUCAAGGUCUAGGUCCAGGUCAAAGUCCAGAUCCAGGUCCAGGUCCAGGUCCAGGUCCAGGUCCAGGUCUGGAUCAAGGGCACGAUCGUCACAGUCACGUUCUCGGUCGCGUUCGAAAUCGCGAUCCAGAUCAAGAGCAAGAUCAGGUUCAAGAGUAGGAUCCAGAUCGCGUUCGAAAUCAAGGUCCAGGUCAAAAUCAGGAUCAAGAUCGAGAUCGAGAUCAGUGUCGGGGUCUAGAAAGUCUCGGAGUCGAAGCAGGGAUUCCAAAGAAGUUCUCAAAAAUCGUAACAAACUACUGUCUGACUCUGAAGAAGAGGGUGAUGGGAUCAGGACUACGAAAAGAACAAAGCAUCAGCUGUCUGAUUCGGAAAAUGAGGAGGAAGAUGGCCCAACUGCAAAAAAAGCAAAAGGAUCAGAUAAAGAAGGAGAGCAAGGUCAUGGCGAAGAUCAGGAAGAAGAAACGGAAGCAAAACCAAACGAAGAAGACAAACAGGUGUCCCAAGAUGCUGAGAAUGAGGACUCUGAUGAUGGCAUACGUCCUGGUGGCGGAGAAUUUGGUGGUUAUUCCGACGACCAUAUGUCAGAUUUCGACCGCAUGCUGGCACGGAAAAAGGAGGAACAGACUCGUCGCCGCAAACGGAAAGACAUUACGAUCAUCAACGACAAUGAUGACAUUAUUGCCCAGUUAUUAUCAGACAUGAGAAACGCCUCGGAAGAGGACAGGAAAUUCAAUCAGCAGGGCAAACCUGCGACAAAUAAAAUAGCAAUGCUUCCGAAGGUGCUGUCUCAACUGAAAAAACACGAUUUACAAUUGGCAUUUCUCGAACACAAUGUACUCAACAUUCUCACCGAUUGGCUUGCUCCAAUGCCCGACCGCUCACUCCCAUCUUUGAGGAUCCGUGAAAGCAUACUGAAAUUGUUGUGGGAGUUUCCAAGGAUAGAUCAAUCUUCAUUGAAGCAUUCUGGCAUAGGAAAGGCUGUGAUGUACCUAUACAAACACCCGAGAGAAACUAAGGAAAACAAAGAGCGUGCGGGGAAAUUAAUUAACGAAUGGGCGCGUCCAAUUUUCAAUCUUUCUGCCGAUUUCAAAGCAAUGUCCAGAGAGGAAAGACUGCAACGAGAUAUGGAGCAAACGCCACAAAAAAGGCGUAAAAACGAUGACGGCGAAUCCUCACAGAAAUCUCAAGACAUCAAUAAAGCCCUCAAAGGAGAUGCUAAACCUUUGAGGCCUGGAGAUCCUGGUUGGGUUGGCAGAGCACGAGUUCCUGUACCAUCAAACAAAGACUACGUUGUACGUCCAGACUGGAAAUCUGACGUUGAUAUUACCCGAACUUCCAAAAAACAAAUGAAUCGUUUCGAACGACAUAUGAAGAAUUACGUAGAUGGGAAAAGGCUUAAAAAAGCACGCCGAGCUGUCGACAUAUCCAUUGAGGGGCGGAAAAUGUCUCUAUGAAAACAUAGAUGUGCAAUUGUUUUGAU